GAGAUGCGAACAGCAGCAACAGCUCCCGUAUGCUGAAAUGAUGGCUGGCACGGAGGAAACCCACAGCAGCCAAAACAGGCUUGUUCCCGCUGGAAAGAGGGAAUUCCUCGGAUACAGGGGACGAGCAGACAAAGCCAAAGGAAUCAGCUGGACACGGCUCCUCGCUGGAAGCAAGGAACUUGCUUUCCACCCGUUUCACCCUCCCUCCACUGAGGACCCCGAUGCAGGAAAGCUCCGAAGGGUGCAGCACUACGGAAUAACGCGGGGAGCAUCACAGGAAAACAGGGAGGGGUGUCCGUAGGGAGGGAGAGGUGCCAGCCUGCACGGACCGGGGAGGGUCCAGGCUGUAGGAUGAGGAUGGUGUGGGUGCCUGGAUACUCGGAGCUCCAGAAGCUGCCACUUCCCAGAGCUACAUCCCUGGGCACAGCACCUUUUCCAGCGGCCUGCUGAAUCUUUGGGAACACAGGGAUCCAAGCUAUUGGAUUUUUUUUUAUGUCUCUGAAUCAAGCUGAUCCUUUUGGGGGCAUUAAAAUAAGCACAACGAUUGAAAUGUUGCUCGUGAGGUCCCUCUGCUUUGCUGUUUGUUCAGCCUUGUGAACGAGCCACGAAAUGUUUGCAACACUCCUGAUGUCCACUAUUCCAGAGAGAUCCAUACUUUGGAAAUUGUCUCCAGACAACUUCCCUCCUGGCAGAGAUCUGUGAGUUGGAGGUUGUUAUGUCAGCCAACAAUGCUACUUGAAACUGCAGGACCAAGACUGGAGAGUCAAACUUCCCUUACACAAGCUUUUCAUCCCUCAGCUCAGCAAAGAGUUGAUAAACAUCCCACUGCUCAGCCAGUGCCAGGCAGGAUCCCUGUUGUCCUGCUUGAUGGAGCUUUGGCUGGUUUUGGUCUUUCUCCUUUGGUCUUUCUCCUAUCUCAGCGUGGCAGAGGCUCUGUCCAGAAUCCAACAGGAUCAGUAGGUGACACACAUCAGCUUCCUGGCCUUCAGAUGAGCUGGUGGGCCUGAAACCCUGCUGAUGAGGGUGGAAAUAAGAACUAAGGAAGCUUCACGGUAUUGCUCGGUAAAAAUAAGAAGGAUGUGGAGCUGCUGGAGCAAUUCCAGAGGAGGCCAUGGAGAUGCUUCAAGGGCUGGAGCCCCUCUGCUCUGGAGCAAGGCUGGGAGAGCUGGGGGUGUUUACCUGGAGAAGAGAAGGAUCCAGGCAGACCUGAGAGCUCCUUCCAGCCCUAAAGAAUCUCCAAGAGAUCUGGAGAGGGACUUUGGACAAGGGUCUGGAGGGACAGGACAAGGGGGAAUGGCUUCCCACUGCCAGAGGGCAGGGAUAGAUGGGAUAUUGGGAAGGAAUUGUUGACUGUGAGGGUGGUGAGGCCCUGGCACAGGUUACCCAGAGAAGUUGUGGCUGUCCCAUCCCUGGAAGUGUCCACGGCCAGGCUGGAUGGGGCUUGGAGUGACCUGGGAUAGUGGAAGCUGUCCGUGCUUAUGAUAAGGGGUUGGAACAACAUAAUCUUCAUUUUCCCUUUCAAGCCAAGCCAUAGUGUGAUGCCCAAAGGCCCUCGGAGAUAGAAAACACUGAAACAACCCCAUGCAGUGAGAGCUGGGCUGGUCCCUGCCCACAACAGCUCCAGAUGAGCACUUGGUACUCAGCACAGGCAAACUUUGUGCAGUGCAGCAAGUGGUUAAUUGAACAAAACAGAGGGAAGGCAGAUCUCACAAAAUCUUACACACAAGUGAUAAGGAGAUAUCAGGAUGUGCUGGCAGCUGUCUCCUGUACUCUUUUCCCCCCAUGCCCUAAAUGGCAUCAGCUGUCUUGUGCUUGUUGCAGAAAGGAGGAAGAACACGACCAAUCUCUCUAGGUGAGGUUUUAAGCAGAAACGGAACCUCAAAUGGAAAGUGAGUGAGGUUACAGCACCGUAACCCUGAUGAUUACAAAAGGGGAAACUCUUCAGACUAGAACCUGACUGGAGAUAAGCUCUCUGAAAGGUUACAUGCACGCAAUAAAUAUCCCCACCCCUCCUAUUGGCCCAGGCUGCUCUGAGCUGUGAAUGGGCCAGUUUAGACAACUCUAGACCCACAUUUCUCCUCCCAUUUUUAGACCAGCUUUGCACCCUGUGUCUCCAGGGGAUGACUUGCAGCUCAGGGCAGCCCUGAAUGAGGGUGAUUCGGGGCAUCAUUUGUAGCAGGAUAGUAUUUUUUAUAGCCUGAGGAGCCUUUGUGGGUAACAGCUCGUCUAAGGUAGACACCGUUCUAACUUUAGCACCGUGUGAGCAGUGGGGUUGUUCCACCAGCCCUUCAUUGCUAUAAGUGUAACAAACCAGUUCAAUUUGUCAUUCAGCUGCUGUUGACAGGAAACCACCAACAGCAGUCAACGGACGACGCCAAGAAGAAUUAGGGUUUCUCUCUCUACGUGCUCUGAGGAUUAAAACUCACCAAGAAGAGCUGAUGUUCUUAAGCACGCGCCCUGGAAGCGAUUUUUUAACUCUGAUGGACAGCUAAGAUUGAGCAGGAUAUGAUUUAGUCCCAACACAGGGCUCGCCAGGAUGGGGUUGCUCGGGAGCAAAAAUCAGCUGAUGCCCAGUGAGAAGCACACUCCUGGAGGCAACCUAAAAACCAGGAGUAAACCUCCUCCUGCCCCCCCCAAGGGCAGACAAUUUAUCAAAACCCCUCAUCUAAACCAAGCCUCUGCAAAAGAUAACUUGGUUGUGGUUGCACUGUACGAUUUUCCUGCCUCGAGUGACCGUGACCUGGAGCUGGUCAAGGGGGAGAAAUUGCAAGUCCUCUCCAAUGAUGGGGACUGGUGGCUGGCCAAGUCCCUCAGCAGUGGCAGGAAAGGCUACAUCCCCAGCAACUUUGUGGCACAGGUGGACAGUUUGGAAGAGGAAAAGUGGUUUUUUAGAACUCUGAGCAGAAAAGAUGCUGAAAGGCUGCUCUUGUCUUCUGGUAACAAAGUCGGCUCUUUCCUUGUCCGAGAGAGCGAAACCAGCCAAGGUGCCUAUUCCCUGUCCGUGAGAGACAGCAGCUCUGCCCAGGGGGACACCAUCAAACACUACCGGAUCCGCUCCUUGGAUGAUGGGGGGGGAUAUUACAUCUCCCCCAGGAUGACGUUCUCCAGCCUGCCAGAGCUCAUCCAGCAUUACUGCCAGAGAGGGGAUGGCCUGUGCCAGCGCCUCACAGCUCCCUGCAUAUCCCUGGUUCCCCAGAGACCCUGGGCACAGGACGAGUGGGAGAUCCCACGGGAGUCUCUGAAGCUUGUGAAGAAGCUCGGCAGUGGGCAGUUUGGGGAAGUGUGGAUGGGCUAUUACAAGAACAACAUCAAGGUGGCUGUGAAGACCAUGAAGGAGGGCAGCAUGGAUCCUGAUGCCUUCUUGGCAGAGGCAAACUUGAUGAAGAAGCUCCAGCACAACAAGCUGGUCCGGUUGUAUGCAGUGGUCACCAAGCAGCCCAUCUACAUCGUGACAGAGUACAUGGCCAAUGGGUGUUUGCUGGAUUACUUGAAGACAGAAGAAGGAAGCCAGCUGAAUCUCCCCAAACUCAUUGACAUCGCUGCUCAGGUGGCAGAGGGGAUGGCCUACAUCGAGCGCAUGAACUUCAUCCACCGCGACCUGAGGGCCGCCAACAUCCUCGUCUCGGAGAGCCUCUGCUGCAAAAUCGCUGAUUUUGGGCUGGCCAGGAUCAUUGAGAAUGAAUACCUGGCACAGGAAGGUGCGAAAUUCCCGAUCAAAUGGACGGCACCAGAGGCCAUUAACUACGGAGUUUUCACCAUCAAAUCUGACGUGUGGUCCUUUGGGAUCCUCCUGACAGAGAUCAUAACCUAUGGCAGGAUCCCUUAUCCAGGGAUGACCAACCCCGAGGUGAUCCGCAACCUGGAGCGCGGCUACCGCAUGCCCUGCCCGGAGCUGUGCCCCGGCGAGCUCUACAGCGUCAUCCUGAAGUGCUGGCGCAGCAAACCCGAGGAGCGCCCGACCUUCGAGUACCUGCAGUCGGUGCUCGAGGACUUCUACACGGCCACGGAGAAGCAGUACGAGCCAGAGCCUCAGCAGUGAAGCCGCCGCCCACCAGCACCCGGCAGCAGGGCUGGAGGGAAGGCAUCACCCUGUGGUACUUUUCCCUUUCUCCCGUGUGCCGCCCGCGAUGCGCUUGGAGACAGGGAAUGAGGAGCGACGCGAUGCUGCCGGCUCUUGUGGUUGUCACAGGGACUAAAGAGGCGGCCCAGAGAUGUCGCAGCUCCUUCCUCGUCCGCCCCGGAGGUCUGUACCCGCUUUGCAGACGUCUCCUCUGCCGGGAAGGACAGCAGAUUCCUUCGUGGCCCACUUGGAUACAGAAAAGCCCCUCAGCCCUGCAGCUUGCAGCCCUGGGAAGAAGGGACCAUGGCUGGGGUGGUGGUGUGGGGGGGUUGCAGAAUCUCCCUCCUCACUUCUGAUGCCACUGCUGGCAAUACUACAACCCCCUCCGUGCCACGGGCAGGGGUGGGAGCGUGUCCUGUCUGCACCUCCCUGGACCACACCAGGAUUCCGAGCCCUGGAGAAAUCUCGCCAGGUGAUGCCCCCACUCUGUCCCAAGUCAUUAAUAAAAACGUCGAUACCA